UUCAUCCCCCAAUGCCCAUCCCUUCAUCCCUCUCUGCCCAUUCGUUCAUCCCUCUCUGGCCAUUCCUUCAUCCCUCUCUCCCCAUCCCUUCAGCCCUCUCUGCCCAUUUCUUCAUCCCUCUCUGCCCAUCCCUUCAUCCCUCUCUGCCCAUCCCUUCAUCCCUUUCUGCCCAUCCCUUCAUCCCUCGAAGCGGCAAGCAUGAAAGGUGGAGACUACGACAAGGACUCGAGUGAAGAUCGAUACCCGGGCCAAUUCUUCUUUGUCUCCACGCAAGCGGCAGCUGCAGCAGGAGGUGUGGAAGGCUUUGAGGAGCCAGCUACUGUGGGAAAGGUCACCCUUCACUCUCUGGACUUUUGGGUGAUCGAUAGUGGCGCCACCUAUAGCAUGACACCUCGUGCGGACUUGCUCACCGAACUCGAACCGUCGCCGGUCAAGCAUGUUACAUCGGCUUUGGGGCAGCGAGCAGAGAUACCGGGGGAGCCUACAAAUCCCAAGGAGGCUUGGGAGGGCCCCAAUGGGAAGGAGUGGAAGAAGGCCUCAGAUGAAGAAAUGGGGAGCAUCAUCGAGAACAACACGUUUGACUUGGUGAACCUACCUUCGGGGCGUAAGGCGAUUUCUUCCAAGUGGCUCUUCAAGCGCAAGACCGACGCCGACGGCAACAUUGAGCGCUACAAGAGCAGACUUGUAGCCAAGGGGUAUCAGCAGCAGGAGAAGAAGGACUACAAUGAAGAGGUGAUGCUGAAGCUUCAAGACAAGUUCAAGUGCAAGACCCUUGGUGACGUCAACUACUACCUUGGGCUUCACAUUGAGCGAGAUGUGGAGAAGCGGUGGAUGCAAGUGCAUCAAAAGAAGUACUUGGAGGCCUUGGCUGCAAACUUUGGGAAGAGUGAAGGUCAUGUGGCUACUCCUCUUCCCUCAGGGUUCAAAUUCUAAGGCCAACAAUCCGAGGGGGAGUUUGUUGGUGCAACCCUAUGGCUUGCACUCAGCUUGUCGUCCUUGUUUGUGUGUGUGCAUGCAUGGCAUGGAAUGAAUUCUCUCUCAGCACAUUUGUUCAUCCCUCUCUGCCCAUUCUUUCAUCCCUUUCUGCCCAUCCCUUCAUCCCUCUCUUCCCAUUCCUUCAUCCCUCUCUGCCCAUCCCUUCAUCCCUCUCUGCCAAUCAA